AUGAGUGAUGAGAAGAACCUUGGGGUGUCUCAAAAACUGGUCUCACCUUCAAGGAGCACCAGUAGCUGCUCCUCCAAGCAGGGAAGUCGACAGGACAGCUGGGAGGUGGUGGAAGGGCUGAGAGGAGAGAUGAGUUACACCCAGGAGCCGCCCAUGCAGAAAGGAUUCUUGCUGAAAAAGAGGAAAUGGCCCUUGAAAGGCUGGCACAAGAGAUUUUUCUAUCUGGACAAAGGAAUCUUGAAAUAUGCCAAGAGCCAAACCGAUAUAGAGAGAGAGAAGCUUCAUGGCUGCAUUGACGUUGGGCUCUCAGUGAUGUCUGUGAAGAAGUCAUCAAAAUGCAUAGAUCUGGAUACCGAAGAGCACAUCUACCAUCUGAAGGUAAAGUCAGAAGAAGUCUUUGAUGAGUGGGUAUCUAAACUCCGCCACCACAGAAUGUAUCGUCAGAAUGAAAUCGCCAUGUUUCCACAUGAUGUUAAUCACUAUUUCCAAGGAUCCACAGUCACAGACUCUGCGUCUGGUGUCUUAGACUCCAUUUCAAGUAGGAAGCGUAGCAGUAUAUCAAAGCAGAAUUCAAUUCAAACUGGAAGCAAUUUAUCAUUUUCUUGUGGUGGUGAGACCCGUGUUCCAUUAUGGUUACAGUCUUCAGAGGACAUGGAAAAGUGCUCGAAAGACCUGGCACACUGUCAUGCCUACCUGGUGGAAAUGAGCCAGCUCCUACAAAGUAUGGACGUCCUGCAUCGGACCUAUUCGGCGCCAGCUAUCAACGCCAUCCAGGGUGGAGCUUUUGAAAGUCCUAAAAAGGAAAAAAGAUCACACAGGAGGUGGCGGUCCAGAGCUAUUGGCAAAGAUGCUAAAGGAACACUGCAGGUCCCUAAACCUUUUCCUGGCCCAGUAAGACUACAUUCCUCCAACCCUAAUUUGUCAACAUUAGAUUUUGGAGAAGAGAAAAAUUAUUCUGAUGGCUCUGAAACCUCAUCAGAGUUUUCUAAAAUGCAAGAAGAACUGUGUCAUAUUGCUCAUAAAGUUUACUUCACUUUAAGGUCAGCUUUUAAUACCAUAUCAACGGAGAGAGAAAAACUCAAGCAGCUGAUGGAACAGGACGUCUCCUCCUCCCCCUCGGCCCAGGUCAUUGGUCUGAAGCACGCCCUGUCAUCUGCCCUAGCACAAAACACAGACCUUAAAGAACGCUUAUGCAGAAUCCAUGCUGAGUCUCUGCUCCUCGAUUCCCCUGCUGCUGCCAAGUCGGGUGACAGUCUGGCAGAGGAAAACUCCAGAGAUGACAACCGAGCUCUGGUCCAUCAGCUUUCCAAUGAAAGUAGACUCUCCAUCACUGACUCCCUUUCAGAGUUUUUUGAUGCACAGGAAGUUCUGUUAUCUCCAAGCUCUUCAGAAAAUGAGAUUUCUGAGGAUGACUCCUAUGUCAGUGACAUAAGUGAUAACCUUUCCUUAGACAAUCUCAGUAAUGAUUUAGAUAAUGAGAGACAGACCUUGGGGCCUGUGCUUGAAAGCGGUGGGGACGCAAAGUCCAAAAGAAGAAGUUGCUUGCCAGCUCCGUGUCCCAACGCCAGUAACAUCAGCCUGUGGAACAUCCUGAGGAACAACAUAGGGAAGGACCUGUCCAAGGUGGCCAUGCCGGUGGAGCUGAACGAGCCGCUGAACACCCUGCAGCGGCUCUGCGAGGAGCUGGAGUACAGCGAGCUUCUGGACAAGGCCGCACAAGUCCCCAGCGCCUUGGAAAGGAUGGUGUACGUGGCAGCCUUUGCUGUAUCAGCAUAUGCAUCUAGCUAUUUCCGAGCUGGGAGCAAGCCCUUCAAUCCUGUUCUUGGAGAAACCUAUGAGUGUAUCCGCGAGGACAAAGGCUUCCGGUUUUUCUCAGAGCAGGUCAGCCACCAUCCACCUAUCUCUGCAUGUCACGCUGAGUCUGGAAAUUUUGUUUUCUGGCAAGAUGUGAGAUGGAAAAACAAAUUCUGGGGCAAAUCCAUGGAAAUUGUCCCCAUUGGCACCACCCACGUGACUCUGCCAGCCUUUGGAGAUCAUUUUGAGUGGAACAAAGUGACCUCUUGCAUCCAUAACAUCUUAAGUGGGCAGAGAUGGAUUGAGCACUAUGGGGAGAUUGUCAUCAAGAACCUGAAUGAUGACUCCUGCCACUGCAAAGUGAAUUUCAUAAAGGCAAAAUACUGGAGCACUAAUGCCCGUGAGAUUGAAGGUACGGUAUUUGACAAGAAUGGAAAAGCCGUGCAUCGGCUCUUCGGGAAAUGGCACGAAAGCAUCUACUGUGGGGGCUCCUCCUCGUCCACUUGUGUCUGGAGAGCAAAUCCCAUGCCAAAAGGCUAUGAGCAAUAUUAUGGCUUCACACAGUUUGCCCUAGAAUUAAAUGAAAUGGAUCCAUUGUCAAAGUCUUUAUUACCACCUACUGACACUCGUUUUAGACCAGACCAAAGGUUCCUAGAAGAAGGGAACUUGGAAGAAGCUGAAAUACAAAAGCAGAGGAUUGAACAGCUACAGAGAGAAAGGCGACGGGUCUUAGAAGAAAAUAAUGUGGAACACCAGCCGCGGUUUUUCAGGAAAUCCAAUGAUGACUGUUGGGUGAGCAACGGCACCUAUUUGGAACUUAGAAAAGAUCUUGGUUUUUCCAAACUGGACCAUCCUGUCUUGUGGUGA